AACGACUCCGACGACUCGCAGUCGUUUGUACUACUCUUCAAAGAGACGGACCGACUGCUUCCUGCUUCCUGCUUCCUGCUUCCGACGCGCAAAUCUCCUUCCCAAUGCUUCCCCAUCCCUUCCGAAACCUCUCUUUUGAUUUCUGCUCCGGAUGGAAAGGGGACUGGGGGAUCUUCCGACUGCUUGCAGGACCUUCGUUGACUGUUGGUAAAGGUAGAAGCUCAAACAGUCGCACCAGGAUUAGCUAUGGCUAUAGUCUGCUAAAAGGAGCAGCAGAUCAUCCCAUAGAGGAUUAUCAUGUAGCCAAAUUCAUCAACGUCGGAGAUCAGGAACUUGGUCUAUUUGCGAUCUUCGAUGGCCAUUCAGGAGACAGCGUUCCUGCUUAUUUACAGGAUCAUCUGUUCACCAAUAUUCUGGAGGAGGAAGAGUUGUGGAGCGAUCCUGAUGCAGCGAUCAGAAGGGCCUACGAGAGGACCGACAACGAGAUACUUUCUCACAGUCGAGAUUUGGGGAGAGGUGGAUCCACCGCAGUCACUGCGAUCCUCGUAAACGGCACCAAAUUGUGGGUGGCGAAUGUUGGUGAUUCGAGAGCUGUUCUUGCAAGGCGAGGCGAGGCCAUCCAGAUGUCGAUCGAUCACGAACCGAAUUCUGAACGAGAGAGUAUCGAAACGAGAGGUGGCUUUGUUUCUAACCUUCCAGGCGACGUGGCGAGAGUUAAUGGGCAGUUAGCAGUUUCGCGGGCUUUCGGGGACAAGAAUCUGAAAGCACAAGUAAGAUCAGAUCCUGAUGUACGAGUUGAAGAUGCGAACUCCGAGACUGAGCUGCUCAUCCUUGCGAGCGAUGGCGUCUGGAAGGUUUUGAGCAAUCAGGAGGCCGUUGACCUUGUAAGAAAAAUCAAGAACCCAUUAGCAGCAGCUCGGAGGUUGACUCUGGAGGCCUUUAAGAGAGAGAGUAAAGACGACAUAUCGUGCAUUGUCGUUCGCUUCAAUGGUUAAGCUUUUUCAGAGGAUGGAAUCGAGAUUAAGUAUUGGUUUCCUUUUUGUACAAUUAAGAUUGCCGUAUUAAGUUAUAUGUUUUCUAUGAAAAUGUGACUAUGAAGUGGACAAAUCUUUGCCAGCCCUGUUGCUGUAGGAUCUGCUUUAUCGGUUUAAUAUCAAAUUCUGUGACCCAUCGUCUUCUUGUCCGC